AUGGCAAUCGUUCUUCUACAUAAUUAUUUGAAACGUCAUUCUAGAAACGUGUUCAUAACUCAAGGAUUAGUUGAUCAGCAGGAAGAAGGAAUUUUAAAUGAAGGUUCAUGGAGGCGAAAUAAUGACGACAUGACAUCAUUACUGCCCAUAAGAAAUAUUCCCAGACGAUCACCUGCACCUCUAAAUGCUAUCAGAGAUGAAUUGGCUGCUUAUUUUACGAAAGAAGGAAAGGUUUCUUGGCAAGACAGAUGUUCAUAG